GAAACGAGGUAUUCUCAAUCACUAUUCAUGCUCAACAUGGGGACCUUAUGGCUCUCGAUAUACGAAAAUGCAAUCGCCAUCCUCCUUUUCAACAGAUAAUUCAAGGUACCCUGAUAACAGACACUGUUUAGCUCAUUUUAGACUCGGGGUCAGCAAUGCUAAUGCUAAUCUUUACGCAGGGGCGUUCGCAGGCAUCAAUAGAAAGUACUGUAACUGGAAAAUAUUUGCACGAGUCUACGCUGGUGCAAAUGUUCUUGGGAAGAGCUUUUCGCUAGUGUCAGCCCACUUUUACCAGUACAAAUAUGGAACAUCGUUUAAGUUACGGGCUUACUUAAAGAUCGGAAGUAAGACUCAUGUUGAUUAUACACUCACGUACAACGUGCCAUCCUACUCGCAAACGUGGUCAAAAUAUUGGCAGUGGGAUAUUGACAUAUGGGGUAUCAAUAUAUAUAUUGGUUCUUUAACUCUGAGGGUUACCAUAAAACCAGGUGUACACCUCACAGUGAAAGUCAACCCCUGCUAUACGGGAUGUGCAGUUUGCGCAACAGUCACCCCCAAGGUCACUCUGCAGAUAUCUGGUGGUGCAUUUGCAUCUUUAUUGGCAGUCAUUAGGGGUGGUAUUGACGUUAAUGUAAAGCUGAACUAUCUGGUUGAAGGCGUUGGGAGAAUAGGUGUCUACUCAGGCGUCUGCGUUGGACUUUACCACGGACACGAUCCGAUGAAUGUCUUCUUUUCUGCAUGGUAUCAGAUUCGUUCAAAAAUCAAAAUACAAUUCAGCUGGUGGCCGCCUCGCUUUAAAUUUGAAUGGAAAUGGGGAAGCAGAAAGACAUGGACCCCGAAAACAACUUCUUGGAGUAUAUUGUCGGCGUCUAGGAAGACCAUUUACUGGAAUUGCCUUGCAGGAUGGAAGAAACCGAUAACAAAUGUAUACACGAUUGCAUCUAAGGAACGGAUGUCAGUAUCAUCGGCGCGAUUGUCUACUGGAUAAAACAAAUAUGAAACAUAAUUAUUUGCUAAUAUUUUUUGUGAAUAAAUCAAAAGAGACAUCAUUA